AUGGAUGCUAUAAAAAGACUCACUGAAUCUAUUGCCACCCAUGGUGCAGAAAUUCCAGAUGGUAACGAUACCGAUACCGUCGAGCAAUUCGGUCUCAUCAUUCUUGGCAAUUCAGGAGUUGGGAAGAGUUUUCUAGCAAACGUACUUCUUGGUCGUGAAGCUUUUGCUCAUAAGUUUAGUUCCAGUUCCGUUACACACACUACUGAGUUCGAAGAAAUUGAACUUGGCGAUUUGUCCUUGGCUGUUUUCAAUAUUCCUGGUUUGAUUGAAGCUGAACAAGAGCGUAUCGACUUGAACAAAAAGGAAAUUGAUAAAGCUUUCGCACAGCGACCUAAUUCGAUAGUCAUGUUCGUGUUUGGCCAGCAAGGUGGACGAAUUUGUGAAGAAGAUGUUGUAGCUUUCAAUGCCAUCAAUGCAGCCUAUCCAUUCCAACCUGAAUCACUUAUGCUCGUCGUCAAUGGAUUGUCUAAAAAGCGACCAAACAAUUAUGAAGGUGCAACUCUUAUUUUGCUUCAAAAGCUUCUUAAAGAUGUUGAUGUCAACAGCCGUAGUUUGUGCUUUUUGAACCUUAUCGAUGGCAAUGAUCCAGACGACAGACAACAUCUUAAGGAACGACUCCUACAAGUAGUGGUAGAGUGUGUACCAUCGAAACACGAAAAGAAGCAAGAAAUCGAAACGCUGCUCGAUCAACUGAAAAUGGGAACACAGCAAAUUCAAGAAUUACAAGCGCAAAUCGAAACCGAGAAAGAGAAGUACAAAAAAGAAAUCGAAGAAAGUCAACGUGUAUUCAACCAAUCGAUUGCUAAACAUCAGACCGAAAUUGAAUCCUUGCAACGCGCAAUUCAACGACAAGAUGAGUUGUACGCUGAACAACAGCGCCGGUACGAAGAAGAGAACCGGAGAUAUCAAAUUCAAUUGCAAGAAUUACGUGCACAAGCUGAGCAAGCACAACGUUAUUACGAGCAACUUCGCAAGGAGCAGGAAAUUGCGCAACAGCAACUUUGGGCUGCAGAAAAAGCUAAGCAACAGGCCCAAGCAACGCUCCAAGCAUUAAUUAAUCAACCACCAACCCCCCCGAGAGUAAUAUAUAUGGGCGGCGGCGGUGGCCGCGGAUUUACACACAACACUGAAUCUGUCGAGGUUACAAUUGGUUCUUACACAUUGACCAUUUUUAACAUUCCCGGUUUGAUCGAAGCUGAACAAGAACGUAUCGACUUGAACAAACAGGAAAUCGGCAAAGCUUUUGCACAACGAUCUAAUUCGAUCGUCAUGUUCGUGUUUGGUCAAAAAAAUGGACGAAUUCGGGGACAAGAUAUUGUGGCUUUCAAUGCCAUUAAUACUGCUUAUCCAUUUCGACCUGAAUCACUUGUGCUUGUCGUUAAUGGAAUUCCUAAAGAACGACCGAAUGAUUAUGAAGAAACGACCUUGGCUCUUCUUCAAAAACUACUCAAAGGCGUGGAUGUCAACAAUCAUAAUCUUUGCUUUACUGAUUUGAUCAAUGUGGAUGAUCCAAAGGAAAAACAAGUUUUGAAAGAUCGACUGUUGUCAGUAGUAAUGAACUUUACACCAAAAACACAUGAAAAGAAGCAAGAUAUACAAACGGUCAUUAGUGAACUAAAGAAAAGGGCAGAUGAAAUUCAAGAACAACAAGCCAAACUAGAAGCCGAGCGAGAGAAGCAUAGAAAGCAAAUGGAAGAACAAAAACGCAUUGCUGAACAACAAAUGGCAGAACAGCGGAGAAGGGAAGAAGAGUUGCGACAAAGACUCGAGCAAAAAGAAAAGCAACGUAUUUCAGGAAUACGUCACAGGACAGUACAACGUGCUGCACAAGAAGCAGAAGCAAAAAGACUACGAGGUAUGUAUUGA